AAUUUAAGUUAGCUUUGAUAUAUACCUCGUACCACUUAAAGUUAAUUUGCAACAUAUGGCCGAAACAACCAUCAAUUCUCAGUCAAAGAGAGUUUCUGUUGUCACGGGGGCCAACAAAGGGAUUGGAUUUGAGAUAUGCAGGCAAUUAGCUUCUAAUGGGGUCCAGGUAGUAUUAACUGCACGGGAUGUGAAGAGGGGGCAAGAAGCUGUCGAAAAGCUCAAGCUUUCUGGCUUGACUGAUGUAAUUUUUCAUCAGCUAGAUGUAACCGAUGCAACUAGCAUUGCUUCUUUAGCAGAUUUCAUCGAAAUCCAGUUCGGGAAGCUUGACAUAUUGGUCAACAAUGCAGGAGUUGGCGGAUUCACAGUGAUUGGAGAGAAUGUAAAGAACUUAACUUUCGAUUAUGAACAUAUGUUUGGUUCAAAAGUUAGAGACCUGAAUAAGUUUCUAGAGCAAACAUACGAAAGUGCAGAGAAAUGUCUGAAAACGAACUACUAUGGAAUCAAGCAAAUGAGCAAAGCACUUAUUCGACUUCUGCAAAAGUCUGAUUCACCGAAAAUGGUCAAUGUCUCUUCCAACAUAGGACGGUUAAAGCUUCUUACGCAUCAGAAAGCAAGGGAUGAGCUAGGAGAUGUCGAAGGCCUCACCGAAGAGAAAGUGGACAAGGUUGUCGAGGAAUUUCUGACGGAUGCGAAAGAGAAUUUGGUCGAAACUAAUGGCUGGCCUAUAAACUUCUCUGCUUACAAUGUGUCCAAGGCAGCCUUGAAUGCUUACACCAGAGUUCUGGCAAAGAAUCACCCCAAUAUUGCAAUCAAUGCAGUUGGUCCCGGCUACACUAGCACUGACUUGAACUUCAAUCUUGGUGGCCACUCUGCUGAAGAAGGUGCAAAGGGUCCUGUUAAGCUGGCCUUGAGCCCUGAAGGUGGACCUUCUGGCCUCUAUUUUGACCAGCUUGAAGUCUCAUCCUUCUGAAUGAAAACGUAUAUCCAAGUAUCUAUAUGUUAUAUAUAAUAAAGAUUAAAGAAGACACAGAUAGUCUCUUUAAAAUUGGGAAAUUAUAUUGUUCUAAAUACCAACAUAUGUCACUAG